AGAGCUGGAGAUGUUCUCACGCACUCCCUCUCUGAGAAGAGGAGAGGAGUUUCUAUCCAUCUUCCCCUCUCCUCCGCCUACUCUCUCGAAACCCUAAUUCCUCUCUCUCUCUCAAGGUUCUACAGUUUCCAAAUAUAGUAUCUUUUAGGGUUUGCGGAGCUGGAUUGCCUUUCGUUCCUCGGCCGAAUCUCUAUGCGCCGCUGGUCCAGCGGCUUCGUCGAUUAGGGCCUCGAGGGGAGCACAAUCCAAGAGCUUGUCUAGGGUUGGGGCUUGGAUUGGGGUAUUGGACUGGUUCUGAUGGUGGUGAGGCCGGGGUUUGGUUAGGGUUUUAAUUGAAUGCCGUUAGGGGAUCUGAUGGCUGCCCCUCUAUUCUCUCAUUCUUCAUCGACGACUACAAUCGUGAUGAGUCAUGUAGAUGACUAUAAUAUGAGAGAGGAUAGAGAUUCCGGGCCGAGAAGGGAUUCGGAGGCGGCGCCGACGAGUAGUGUUGUUUACUUGCCGCAGACUGUGGUCUCUGGCGACUUUCGGCAUGAUGGGUUCGAGGAGAGUGCCGCUGGGCCUGCUGAGAGUGGACCGGUGUCGAAAUGGCGGCCGAAAGACCGGAUGAAAACCGGAUGUGUGGCGCUUGUAUUAUGUUUAAACAUUGGCGUUGAUCCAUCUGAUGUAAUAAAAAUUUCUCCUUGUGCCAGAAUGGAGUGCUGGAUAGAUCCAUAUUCUAUGGCUGCAUCAAAGGCUCUUGAGACUAUUGGGAAAACAUUGCAUGCUCAAUAUGAACGGUGGCAGCCCCGAGCUCGUUACAAACUUCAACUUGAUCCUACUGUUGAGGAAGUGAAGAAGCUUUGUACUAACUGCCGCAAAAAUGCUAGAUCAGAGAGAGUCUUAUUUCAUUACAAUGGUCAUGGAGUACCUAAGCCUACAACUAAUGGUGAAAUUUGGGUUUUCAACAAGAGUUACACACAAUAUAUACCAUUACCCAUUAGCGAUCUUGAUUCUUGGUUGAAGACACCAUCAAUAUAUGUUUUUGACUGUUCGGCUGCUGGGAUGAUUGUUAAUACAUUUAUAGAGCGACAAGAAUGGGACUCUUCCGGGGAAUCUGCUUUGUCAAAAGACUGUAUUCUGCUUGCUUCCUGUGAAGCACAUGAGACUCUCCCACAAAGUUCAGAUUUUCCAGCUGAUGUGUUUACUUCCUGUCUCACUACACCAAUUAAGAUGGCACUACAGUGGUUUUGUUCACGGUCCUUGCUUCAUUAUGUCCUAGAUCAUUCUCUUAUAGAUAAAAUUCCUGGGCGCCAAAAUGAUCGUAAAACACUUAUGGGGGAACUGAACUGGAUUUUUACCGCCGUAACUGAUACGAUUGCUUGGAAUGUCCUUCCUCAUGAUCUUUUCCAAAAGUUGUUUAGACAAGAUCUACUUGUUGUUAGCCUUUUCCGUAAUUUUCUACUUGCUGAACGAAUUAUGAGAACUGCAAAUUGUUCCCCAAUAUCUUAUCCAUUAUUACCAUCGACCCAUCAACACCACAUGUGGGAUGCAUGGGACAUGGCUGCUGAGAUCUGUCUUUCUAAGCUCCCACAACUGAUUUCUGAUCCAGAUAUGGAAUUUCAGCCAAGCCCCUUUUUUACAGAACAAUUGACAGCAUUUGAAGUGUGGCUAGAUCAUGGUUCUGAACAUAAGAAGCCACCGGAGCAGUUGCCAAUUGUACUCCAAGUUUUGCUUAGCCAAUCACAUCGAUUUCGUGCACUAGUACUUCUUGGCAGAUUCCUUGAUAUGGGAUCCUGGGCUGUGGACCUGGCCUUGUCUGUUGGAAUAUUCCCAUAUGUGCUCAAGCUGCUACAAACAACUGUGAUCGAGUUACGGCAAAUUCUUGUGUUCAUAUGGACCAAGAUACUUGCCCUUGAUAAGUCUUGUCAGGUUGAUCUUGUAAAGGAUGGAGGCCAUGUAUAUUUCAUCAAAUUUCUUGACAGCAUGGAUGCUUACCCCGAGCAGCGCGCAAUGGCUGCUUUUGUUUUAGCAGUUAUUGUUGAUGGACACCGGCGAGGGCAAGAAGCAUGCACUAAGGAGAGUCUAAUUCAUGUGUGCUUGAGACAUCUGCAACUCGCAAGUCCUCAUGAAGCACAGACUGAACCCUUGCUUCUUCAAUGGCUUUGUCUCUGUCUUGGAAAGCUGUGGGAAGACUACCCAGAAGCACAGCUAAUUGGCUUGCAGUUAGAUGCACCUUCCAUAUGUGCACCUCUACUGUCAGAACCACAACCUGAGGUUAGAGCUUCUGCAGUUUUUGCCCUGGGGACCCUCCUUGAAGUUGGAUCAGACUUUAGAGAUGGACAUAGUGUUGAUGAUGAUUAUGAUGACGAUGAAAAGACAAGGGCUGAACUGAACAUCGUUAGGAGUCUUCUCCUAGUUGUUGUAGAUGGUAGUCCUCUGGUUAGAGCAGAGGUCACAGUCGCUCUUGCCCGCUUUGCCUUUGGCCAUAACAAGCACUUGAAGUCAGUUGCUGCUGCAUACUGGAAGCCUGAACCAAACUCUAUGUUGAAGUCAUUACCAUCAUUGGCGAAUAUUAACAGUCCAAGAACUGGUGGUGCCAGCUCUGGCCAGUAUAUGCAUCCAGGAAGCUCACUUUCCUCCCAAAUUGGGCCUGUGAUGAGAAUUGGUAGUGACAGCAUGGCCACCACCCAAGAUGGAAGGAUUUCCACAAUCAGUCCACUUGCAGCUGCUGGGAUCAUGCAUGGUUCGCCAGUAUCAGAUGAUUCCUUCCAACAUUCAGAGUCCGGCAUGUCAGUAAAAGAAAACACGAGCAAUGGAGUCAUCAGUUAUUCUAAUAGAUUCAUGUCUCUUGACAAUGCAUUGUAUUCACAAUGUGUUCUAGCCAUGUUCACUUUAGCAAAAGAUCCAUCUCCUCGAGUUGCAAAGCUUGGCAGGAGCACUCUGUCUAUAAUUGGUAUUGAACAAGUUGUUUCCAGGACAGCAAAGUCUAGAGGAAAUACUUACCAAGGAGAACAUUCAGCUCCAUCUGCACCCUCUAGCCUUGCUGGGUCGGCACGCUCGUCGUCAUGGUUUGAUAUGAAUGCUGGUCAUCUACCAUUGACAUUUAGAACACCUCCUGUUAGCCCCCCAAGACAGAAUUACCUAACAGGGUUACGACGUGUUUGUUCCCUAGAGUUCAGGCCAAACAUAUUAAAUUCCCCAGAAUCAGGAUUAGCUGAUCCACUCUUAAGUUCUGUUGGAUCAUCAGGGGCUUCUGAAAGUUUACUCCCACAAUCAACUAUGUACAACUGGAGUUGUGGUCAUUUUUCAAGGCCACUUCUUACGGCAGCUGAUGAUAAUGAAGAAAUCAUCGCUGGAAGAGAAGAUCGGGAGAGAAUUGCAUUAGAUCGUAUUGCCAAGUGCCAACACUGUUCUGUAAGCAAGCUUAAUAAUCAAAUUGCUAUCUGGGAUACCAAAUUUGAAACGGGUACUAAGGCGGCAUUACUGUUGCCCUUUUCACCUAUUGUUGUUGCUGCUGAUGCAAACGAAAGAAUCAGGGUAUGGAAUUAUGAGGAAGCAAACUCAUUGAACACAUUCAAUAACCAUAAUUUAUCUGAUAGAGGAAUAUUCAGGCUCUGCCUUGUCAAUGAGCUUGAUGAUAGUUUGCUUCUAGUUGCUUCAAGUGAUGGGAAUGUUCGGAUUUGGAAGGAUUAUACCCAGAGGGGUAGACAGAAACUUGUGACAGCAUUUUUAUCAACUCCAGGUCAUAGACUUGGUGUUCGAAGGUUGGAUGCAGUUGUUGACUGGCAGCAGCAAUCUGGUUAUUUGUAUGCUUCUGGCGAUGUGCCGUCUAUCCUGGUUUGGGAUCUAGAUAAAGAGCAGAAUGUUUGUUCCAUACCAUCUUCUUCUGACAGUGGCAUAUCAGCUUUGUCUGCUUCACAAGUUAAUUGGGGUCAGUUUGCAGCUGGCUUUGUGGAUGGGUCUGUCAGAAUCUAUGAUGUUCGCACUCCUGAUCUGCCUGUUUGUUCAACAAGAUUGCAUAAUCAGAGAGUGGAGAAGGUUGUUGGGAUAGGCUUUCAGCCUGGCAUUGAUCAAAGAAAGAUUGUGAGUGCCUCCCAAGCUGGAGAUAUACAGUUCCUCGAUAUAAGAAAUCCUGCCAAAGCAUAUCUCACUAUUCAUGCCCAUAGGGGCUCUCUGACAGCAUUGGCUAUUCACCGUCAUGCCCCAGUCUUUGCAAGUGGAUCAGACAACCAAAUUGUCGAAGUCUUCAGCUUAGAGGGGACACCACUGAGCAUCAUUAAGUAUCAUCCUACAUUCAUGGGUCAAAAAAUUGGUUCCGCCAGAAGCCUCAGUUUCCACCCAUACAGACUACUACUCGCUGCUGGUGCUGCUGAUGCUUGUGUGUCCAUCUAUGCUGAUGACAGUUACCAAGCGAGGUAAACAUUAAUUACAUGAGGAACAUCAUCUCGGGAUGAAGAGCUAUGUUGAUAAUUCUCAGUCCCAACGGCCAUGGCUGCGGGACCAAGAACAGAUGGGCAAUAGUUUACUGCAACAGCCCCAUAUUGUGUCAUGAGAUGGACAUCUAGACGUCUGGUCUUCAUAUCAAACUUGUAUGUUACAAUAUUCGUUAGCCUCCCCUGCGGAAUGUCAAAUAUCGUCAGGAAUUCCUGCGCUACCAUCAGAGGCUCUCACAAAUAAUCUUGAUACCGAGGCAAAAGCUGUGAAUAGUUUUUUAUUUUCUUUAGAUCAAUUUGUAAAAGUGCCUAUUUUUUUAAUCCCCCCCCCACCACCCCCACCCCCACACACAAUUUUUAAAGUUCUGCCUAAAUGAGAAGUAAGUUAUCUUGUAUCCGAGAAAUUCUUGGCUAAUUAUCAUCCUGAUGUUUAAUCUUGUAUUUUUGUGUGAACUCUUCAGCAAAGUAGUUAACUUAAUGCUGGUUAUGGAUGUAUAAAAUGGAUUAUGGGCGAUUUAACGUC